AUGCCUCCUGCUGCUGGCCAUGUGAACAACUCCGGAGUCGGCGGUUCCGAUGGCUCAAUCAAUGUAUCCUGCGCUGGACCACAGAAUCUUCCCAGCUGGGGCCCAACGGUUGGCAAGGCACUCUCAAACAUGCAUGGUGAAUUUUUUGUGCCCUCGGAGUUGUAUGCAAUCCAGUACCUGCGCAAUCUGCUGACAAUCAGGGGCUUCGAGAUCAUGAACAUUGACACCCUCAAGACCGCCAGUAUCCCCGACUUCAACCAGAUCAAGCAGUAG